AUGGAAAACUCAUCUCUCAAUAAGGCCCACCAGCAACAAAGGCGUGCCGAAGCUUUGUUGCGGCAAAAAAAAUUCGACGAAUGCAUAGAAUGCCACAAGCAAGCUGUCGAGUACCUCGAAGACUCUCUCAAAUUAACCGAGAACCCGCGAGCCCUCGAGUCCCUGCGCCUCCAAAUAGCCUCUCAUCAGAAACAAAUAGAACUAGUCAAAAUGAAAAUCGCCCAAACGCAGAUAAACAACAGCAGAAAAGCCGCUCAGUUACAGAAACGAAAGAUUUCAAUGCCCAGCAGCGAUGGGGACUUGGAAGGCAGCGAAGAGGGCUUAGAAGCUGCUAUAUAUCGCACUAUUGAAGUCCACGAUUCGUUAAUCGAUUACCUCGGUAAACGCGGAGGUAGCGAUAACGAUAGCGUAAAAUCGUAUUCGGCGAGUGAUAACGAAGAGAAAUUAGAGAAGGAAACGGCUCAAAUCAUUGGCUGUAAACACCCGAAGGACGAUGCCGAUAUAAUCGAGGAAUUGAAAGUACUCAGCGGGCAGCUCAGGGACUCCGUUAAAUGCCUUCUACUACAACUCGACGACAGGAAUAAGGAGAUUGAGAAAUUGAAAAGCACCAUUAGGAUUUUAGAAAGCGAAAAGCAAAAAGCUUGCCAAGCAAAAAAUAAUGCGAGCUUAAAAGUCGUUACCGAUUCAUCGGGGGGCACGUCUCCGUACAUAUAUUCACCUUGUAGUGAACUAAGUCCGGAUAUUGUAAACGAUUGUAGAAGCUUACCCCCGCUUGCGCCCCUCGAAAUGCCGAAUUUCGAUUUUUUCGAUUUUAUUAAAAGCAGUAAUAGCAAUGCUGCCGGUAACGAGUGA